CGGCCGGUUGGGGGCUGGACGUCCGCCUCUCCCGGCCGGGGGCAACCGCCGCACCGGUCGUGGCUCCGCUCUCCAAAAGGGGCUCUCCGACUCCUCGCUGGGCCAGUCCGGCGCCGGGUCGUGGAGCCCCACACGGCUCUCGCCGGUCCCUGAACGGGAUCCCUCCUCCCCGGAGUUGCGAGCAACUUUCCCCUCUCCCUGGCGCUGUGGUGGCUCGGGGACUGUGGGCGCCUCAGGUAGCUAAACUCUGGGGGCCCCACUCCCCGCUCCUCGACUGCGUGCGCACGUAGGUCGCCGCUCCCCCUCCAGGUGCACGCUGGGGGUCUCCGGGCUCGGCGCUGCGGGCGAGAUGCCCCUGGGACACAUCAUGAGGCUGGAUCUGGAGAAAAUUGCCCUGGAGUACAUCGUGCCCUGCCUGCACGAGGUCGGCUUCUGCUACCUGGACAACUUCCUGGGCGAGGUGGUGGGCGACUGCGUCCUGGAGCGCGUCAAGCAGCUGCACUGCACCGGGGCCCUGCGGGAUGGCCAGCUGGCCGGGCCACGCGCGGGCGUCUCCAAGCGGCACCUGCGGGGCGACCAGAUCACGUGGAUUGGGGGCAACGAGGAGGGCUGCGAGGCCAUCAGCUUCCUCCUGUCCCUCAUCGACAGGCUGGUCCUGUACUGCGGGAGCCGGCUGGGCAAUUACUACGUCAAGGAAAGGUCCAAGGCAAUGGUGGCUUGCUACCCAGGAAAUGGAACAGGUUAUGUUCGACACGUAGACAACCCCAACGGGGACGGCCGCUGUAUCACCUGCAUCUACUAUCUGAACAAGAACUGGGACGCCAAGCUACACGGUGGGGUCCUGCGGAUAUUUCCAGAAGGGAAAUCAUUCAUUGCUGAUGUGGAGCCCAUUUUUGACAGACUCUUGUUCUUCUGGUCAGACCGCAGGAACCCACAUGAAGUCCAGCCUUCUUAUGCAACCAGAUAUGCUAUGACUGUUUGGUACUUCGAUGCUGAAGAAAGGGCAGAAGCCAAAAAGAAAUUCAGGAAUUUAACUAGGAAAACGGAAUCUGCCCACAGUGAAGACUGACCGAGCUCUGAAAUCCGCUGGCCUCAUUCAUUUUAGUAACGGUUCCUGAAUUCUCCUUAAAAGUUGAGAUCCAAAGAAGGCCUCUUCGGUGACUCAUUGACAAGAAGCCCUCCUACUGCUUAUGUUGUUCAUAUCCCUGUCUUGCAUAUGGUACUGUGUUUUCUUGCCAAGACUGUAUCUACCUUCAGACACUCUUUGCUGGAUGAGCUCAUUUGCUAAUUCAAGAAAUACAUGCACAUGACCUAGCUGGCCAGAGGUUUAACUGAUAAGAUUGGGUAUACUGGCUAUCAAAACAAGAGCCUGGAAGUAUGGGAGAGGGAAUGAAUCUUACUUGCACUUUAUGUACACUUCCUGAUUUGAAAGGAAGAGGUUUGCAAAGGAAAAAAAAUGUUAACUGAUGCCACAGAGUGGCAUCACUAAAGCCUUAACAGCAGGAAACAGAAAUUUGUGUCAUAUGAACAAUUCCAGAUGUUCUUAAUGCAGAGCUGUUGGGGUUUCUGGAGCAUGGUCACAACCUAAUGACAUUAUUACCUCUAGAAAGGGCUGCUGUCACAGUCAUCAAUUUUAUAAAUAUCCUGUGGGUGAACACUCCUAUUUCCUGGUCCUGCAACCUGGACUUACUGUCUCUGCCCCGUUUUCUGAAAUUAUGACUUUCUGAUCACAGUAACAUUUAUUUUCUAUUUUCGCUUCUUACUUGGAGAACUUCACUCCCCAGAGGCAAACACUAGACAUUAAUUGUUGCGGUUGCUUUGUUGAAAUGGACUUUAAAUUUAAAUCAAAGGGGAAAAAGUCUUACCCGGUAGUUUAGAAUCAACAACCUCUGAUAGUGGUGUCGAAAGACCUGGGCCUACUGAUAAACCAUAAACGUGCGCUUCUUAAACAACUUGAGAGUGCGGAUGGAGUUGGAGUGCGCAUUCCCGAUUUUCAGUUUUCCUUUUGAAUGAGCUCACCUUUCUUCCUUAACAAAAUAAAAAGAUAAAAAAUGGAAUGCUAUAUUUUAAAAAGAAAAUGGAAAUAAAAAAUCCUGAAAAACUGUCUGACUUUUUCCACAUUUUCUGUCCUUAAUAGCUUGUUAUCAACAGACUUGACUCUCCUGAUGCACUGUGUUUCGCAGGGUGGCCAGAAUCGUGGAGUUUGCUGGAACCAUGGAAGGUUCUACCGCUGCAAGAAGCUUAGAUUCUGCUGACUCAAGAACUCUGUAUUAAGUGCCUGUUCUGUGAAAGUUACUCUUCCUAGUUUUCUAUUCCAUCUUCAUAUUUUAAGAUUCCCUUUUGAUUCUUUGCUUGAAACAUCUCCCAUGAACACUAAAGAGCCAGAAAUAUUUUCUUCUGUUCUUUACAGAUGUAUAGGCUUUCUGAGAAAGAAACUUAGUUUUUCCGUUUUUGGUUUUGGAAGAUUUCCAGCUAAAAUUGUUUUCAUUCAGAUGACAGCUCUGUUUUCUUUCACAGUACUUAUCACCUUCUAAUUUACUAUGUAAUUUACUUAUUUAUUAUGUUAUUGUCUUGUAUCCUUCCCCGAGAGUGUAAGCACAGUGAAGACAGGGACUUUUGUAUGUUUUUAAUCCGUGGAAUGUAUUCCCAGCACCUCAAAUAGUACCUGGCACACAGUAAGGGCUCCAUAAAUACUCAGUGAAUAAACUUUCUCUCUUACCUUA